AUGCGGCUGAGAGCAGAUCUGCUACUUCUUUCCCUUCUGGCUGUCAGAGGAGGGAGGCCCAUGUGUCAAACAUAUGGGACAAAAGAACUGUCUCAGUUCUCUAAAGAGGGAGACAUCAACAUUGGAGGCAUUUUCUCCUUCCAUCAGAAUCCAGUACAAGUCAAUCCUGCUCUCCAAGUCAACCCGGGAACAAUCCAGUGUGAAGGGUAAGAAAAGGAUAAAACAAUGUCAGUCUUAUUCUUGAUGUGUUUGUCAGUCAUGUUUUGAGUGCACAUACAUGUGUAUUAUGUUACUGCUCCAUCUCUUGUUUAUAGACUGGACCCAGGUGAGCUUCAGUACGCCUUUACUAUGAUGUUUGCCAUAGAGGAGAUCAACAACAGCUCAGAGCUGCUGCCAGGAGUGACACUGGGUUACAGGAUCUUUGACUCGUGCCCGAGCAUCCCUUUGUCUAUCAGAGCGUCACUAAACCUGAUGAAUAGGUACGAGAGCGGUGAGAAAAGCUGCAGCAAACUCUCCAAUGUGCAUGCUGUCAUAGGGGAAACCACAUCCACCUCCACGAUAGGUAUUGCACGCACCAUGGGACCAUUUCAUAUACCUGUGGUGAGUGUAGGAAGGCUCUGUGUUUUCUGUCAUGACUGAAAUUGUCUCGUCAGAUGAGAAGAAAUGUUAUAAAAAUUGUAUUUCAUGUUUGUUAUGUGCUUAAGUAUUUUAAAACUCUGCUUUUUCUCUGUCAUUCUUCUGUUUUAGAUCAGUCAUUCAGCUACAUGUGCUUGUCUCAGUAACAGAAGGGACUACCCUUCUUUCUUCAGAACCAUACCAAGUGACAUCUACCAGAGCCAAGCCUUAGCAAAGCUUGUGAAACACUUUGGCUGGACCUGGGUCGGUGCUAUCAGAACCAACAGUGACUAUGGGAACGGUGGGAUGGCCACUUUCCUUGAAGCAGCAGAGAAAGAAGGAGUGUGUGUUGAGUACUCUUUGGCUAUUUAUCGAACUGAUCCAAGAAAGUGGUUCUUAGAAGUGGUGGAAAUUAUAAAGAAAUCCACUUCUAAGGUUAUAGUUGCAUUUGCUGAUGGCACAGACCUGGAUAUCCUCAUUAAGGAGCUGCAUGCUCAGAAUGUGACCGGUCUGCAGUGGGUGGGCAGCGAGGGCUGGAUCACUUAUCGCUAUAUCGCCUCAGCAGUAAACUACGCCGUGGUGCAGGGGGCUGUGGGCUUCGCAGCAUUAAAUGCUCACAUCCCUGGUCUGCAGGAGUUUCUAGCUAACAGCAGACCCUCUAUCACCUCAGGAGACCAGGGAUUGGUGGAGUUGUGGGAGACGGUGUUUGGCUGCACCCUAACUCCCCAAGCAGAUGCUGAAGCUAAGGGUUCUGUCACAGCCUGCACAGGGAAGGAGUCUCUGAGGGACACAAACAUGCGUUUCACAGAUGUUUCAGAUGCCAGCCUGCUGAAUAAUGUUUACAAGGCCACAUAUGCUGUUGCGCAUGCAUUACACAUGCUGUUUUCCUGCAAAGAUGGGCAGGGGCCUUUUGAGAACAAUACCUGUGCUAAUAAGGAAAAUGUACAACCAUGGGAGGUAAAUAAGGAGUAAUGUUUAACCUGAAAGAAUCAACAAAAUGUAUGCACAGCUUUAUGUUUAAAUAGCUUAACUUUUGUCAUAGGUGCUGCAUUACCUCACACAAGUCAAUUUUACCACUAAAAUUGGUGAAAAUGUGUUUUUUGAUGAGCUGGGUGACCCAGCAGCACGUUACGCACUGGUGAACUGGCAAAUGGAUGACACCGGUUACAUACUUUUCGAGACCAUUGGUUACUAUGAUGCCUCCAGGCCUGAAGGUCAGCAGUUUGAAAUGAAACCAGGUGUGAAAGCCAUCUGGGCGGGCAAUAAUCUCGAGGUAAAUUAAUGUAAUUGUGAGUGUUUUGAAAAUUUAAUGUGACUAAAACUCGUUGAAUGAAUUUGGUUGUGUUUUUUCUGCCUCUCUAAUGCAGGUGCCAAGGUCUGUCUGCAGUGAGAGCUGUCUGCCAGGGACCCGUCGAGCUUUCGUCAAAGGCAAACCUAUCUGCUGUUUCGAUUGCAUCACCUGUGCUGACGGAGAGUUUAGCAACAGUACAAGUGAGACAGCAGGAUUCCUGGGCUUUAGUCUAGCCAUCAUUGUGUUUCUGCUGGGCAAAAUCACUGCAGGCACUUUACUGGUCUAUCUGAAGAUGUGUGCGCUGUACAGCCUAAACAUGUUUAUGUUUUCAGAUGCGGUGAAAUGUGACAAAUGCCCUCCUGAGUUCAAGUCCAACGAGGAGAGGAAUAAGUGUGACUUGAAAGCUAUUGAGUUCCUCACCUUCAGAGAAUUGAUGGGGAUACUGUUGGUAGCGUUUUCUGUCUUUGGCGCCUGUCUGGCCAUGACGAUAGCCCUGAUAUUUUUCCACUACAGGCAGACUCCCAUCGUGAGGGCCAACAACUCUGAGCUGAGCUUCUUACUGCUCUUCUCUUUGACUCUCUGCUUCCUGUGUUCGCUGACCUUCAUCGGCCGGCCCUCUGAGUGGUCCUGCAUGCUGAGACACACAGCGUUCGGCAUCACUUUUGUCCUCUGUAUCUCCUGCAUUCUUGGGAAAACAAUAGUUGUACUAAUGGCUUUUAAAGCGACACUUCCAGGCAGUAGCGUGAUGAAGUGGUUUGGACCUGCACAGCAGAGACUCAGUGUUUUAGGUUUCACUCUGAUACAGGUUUUAAUUUGCAUACUGUGGCUGACAAUAAACCCUCCUUUUCCCUUUAAAAACAUGAAUCACUAUAAGGAUAAAAUCAUUCUGGAGUGUGCUCUGGGAUCAUCUGUUGGAUUCUGGGCCGUGUUAGGAUAUAUUGGACUAUUAGCAGUCCUGUGUUUUCUUCUUGCUUUUCUGGCUCGAAAGCUUCCUGAUAAUUUCAAUGAGGCUAAAUUCAUCACCUUCAGCAUGUUGAUAUUCUGCGCCGUCUGGAUCACAUUCAUCCCAGCAUAUGCUAGCUCCCCUGGGAAGUUCACUGUGGCUGUGGAGAUAUUUGCCAUCCUGGCCUCCAGUUAUGGGAUGCUGUUUUGUAUAUUUCUGCCUAAGUGCUAUAUUAUUUUGUUAAAGCCUGAGCAUAACACAAAGAAACAUUUGAUGAGUAAAACAACCCCAAAAUCCAUUUGAAUAGGCAUUUACUACAAUGAAUGUGUACAUUUCUUUAAUGUCAGGACACAUUUAAAGCCUAUAGACUUACUCUGGUGUAUUUCUAGAGAAAGUAAUCAUAAUAAUUUUUAAUAAUAUAAUAUAUCUCGACAGAGAGAUUUAUAGUUCUGCACAAGAACAUCUCCAGGCUGUUAGCAAAUCAGAAACCUUGAUGACUCGGAAAUAAAUUUUGCUCUUUUAUUUUGGUGUUAAAAAAGGUCUGAAAGUGUAAUUUUCUCACUUUUAAUGACAGUUUUUAUGUAUGCAGCAGCUGUAAUUUCCCAGUCUCUGGACUUUAAUGAUACAAUUUUUUUUGCAUAACAAAGCAAACAAAAUAAAAUUGUAAUAUAUGCUGAUGUAUGCAGUCUUUGUUUCUCCCUGAACAGUCGGAAUAUAUAAUUUUACUCCACAAUAUACAGGGGAAAACUUCACAAAGUAAAGUAAACAAUGGGAGAAGACAAAGUUAUUAAGUAUUAUUCUACAGAGAAAGAUUUCAAGAUUGUUUGAAUUUUUCGAUUUAUGAAAAUCAAUCCAUUAUCAGUGAAUGUUUCAUUCUUAAUGAAAAAGUUAUAUUGAGUCUUUAACCAUGCAAUGCAUCUCAAAUGAUGACACAGCAAACUUGAAUACUGUUAAUAUCUUAAAUAAAAAAAGGUGGCACAAAUCAUGAAUACUUUAAAUACAAAAAUGGAUAAACAUAAAGGGUUUGUUUGCCUUAAAUCUUAGAUUUUCACAAUACAGUCACCAACACUGACCCUAACCCUAUCAGCCAAUUUCAUGAUUAGUGAGUUGAACUUUAGUGUUUAUAAUACUUUACAAUUAAAAUCAUGAUUGAGAAACUUCCUAACCUGAGUAAAAACUCACCCAAGCCGUAACCCUAAAUACAAACAGCUGAUAGCGCUUGAUAAGUGAGGCCUAUGAUGGUCAUAAACAGAGGUCGAAAGGCUUGAAAAGACUAAAAAAGAUACAAAACUAUACUUUAAAGCCAGGUAAAAAAUCAGGUUAGUAAGUUGAAGCCUUUAAAGGAUAUUUUUCUUAUCAGUUGUUCCAAAAUACUUUCGAACACUGCUAUGAGGAAUUAACUUUAUCUGAACUGAGGUCUGCACCAUUAACACAAGCUGAGAAAAUCACUGGAAACUAGUUUGAGGUUAAAAAGUCAGUACAUUUGUUAAAAAAGUAGUUUUACAUAAACUUAGCAAAAGAUUGGUAGAUUUAAAGUAAGACACUACCUGUUGAUUGUGAGGAAAUCUGUAUUAUCCCUCAGGACAAAGGGCUUUAUGACAGGCUGUUAGUUAAAAAAGGAUGGUUUUCAGAAAUAGCUUUAAGCUGCUGCUUUAGGGCCUCAUAUAGCUUCAGCAACAGAAAGUGUAAACUGUGAAGAGCAAGAGUUUCUUCUGUGGCGAAUCAAGGGGCAAAAAGACUACGCAUAAAUCACUAUUUUUAAGGAUAAUGCUUUUUGCUUUUUCUAAUCCAGCAUUCAUGAGCACAAACACUAUGUAAGAAGAAACAUUUUGAUCGAGCUCAUUUCUUACUUCUAAACUUCCAGUUCUGAUAUCAACUCUGCUUUUUUUCUCAGAUAAAAACAAACCUUCAAGGCUUCAUUUUUAAACCUUUCAUACAGUUUAGUUGGUCUUAUUUGAAAGCAUGAACAGCAAAUAUAUUUCAAACAAGCUACGUCCUCAAAAUCUUCACUGGUUGUCCUUUCAUUUCACACUUCCUCACACUUUCACGUCCUCAGAGAUUACAGAACUCUGUCCUGUUAGUGUUUUUUACAUGACCCUAAAAUGUAUAAAUACCAGUGCCCAGUUUAGAUGUGGAUUUCUGAGACAGUAUGACAUCUAUCCAGAAGGGUUGGGCGCUGCUGCAGUUAUGGUCGGUCAUGUCAGUCUCUUGGACUGAGAAGUCAGUUUGCAGACAGAGAGGGGAUGCAGAACACCCCCAGCUGUCCAUGCAUGGAGACAUCAUACUGGGGGGAAUCUUCUCCUUUCACAGUCGCUGGAAGACGGGACUGCAUACCUACUCAGACAAACCAUUACCCCUGCAGUGCAUCAGGUAAAUGAUAACAGUGUAAUGUUUUCGGGGAGAGUAGAGAGCUGAUUUGAGUAACAUUGCACUUCAUUUGAUUAAAUAUUAUCAACUGCUUUUAAUUAAAAUGCACCUGUUAUUGCUUAAUGGUUUUCUGUCUGAAUUAAGCUUGAAUUUCAGAGGCUUCCAGUAUACGCAGGCUAUGCGCUUCGCCAUAGAGGAGAUUAAUAACAGCACUGACCUCCUUCCUGGUAUUUCUUUGGGCUAUAAAAUCUAUGACUCAUGUGGAUCCAUUGCUAGAGCUGUGAAAGUCUCUCUUGCUUUGGUUAAUGGUAAUGAAGUGGUUUCUGCCCCGUCUGAAGGACCAUGCACAAGACCUGCAGAAGUGCAGGCCAUCAUGGGAGAGACUUUUUCUUCACCCUGCAUGGCAAUAGCUACUGUCAUCGGACCCUUUCAUAUCCCACUGGUGAGUAAGACUGAAAGACUGGAUGUGAACGAGACGGUUUCUAAGAGGUUCAAGACAAACUAACUCUCAGUAUAAAUUGUAUUUUCUUUAUUUCUUUGUACUUUUAGAUCAGCCACGCAGCUACUUGUGCCUGUCUCAGUGACAAAACCAAGUACCCAUCCUUCCUCAGGACAAUACCCAGCGACUACUACCAGAGCAGAGCCUUGGCACAUUUAGUCAAGCACUUUGGUUGGACUUGGGUUGGAGCCAUUAGGACAAAUGAUGAUUACGGCAAUAAUGGCAUGGCUACAUUCUCAGAAACUGCCCAACAGCUGGGCAUUUGUCUGGAGUACUCAGUAUCUGUCUUUCCAACAGAUCCACCAGACAAGAUACAAAGGGUUAUUGAUAUCAUCAAGACUUCCACUUCCAAGGUCAUAAUUGCUUUCCUCUCUGCCUCUGAUAUGCAUAUGUUAACGCGCACGCUGUCUCAUCAUAACCUGACUGGGUACCAGUGGGUUGGCAGUGAAGGUUGGAUUUUUGAUUCCCAAAUCGCAGCAACUGGUGGGCAUCACAUUCUGGACGGUGCUAUAGGCCUGUCAAUCCCUGAGGCACAUGUAAGUGGAAUGAGAGAGUUUAUGCUGGAUGUGAAGCCGCUCAAUUUGUCGAGUAAUGAAAUGUUUGAAGAGUUUUGGGAGACGUUAUUUGGCUGUAAGUUCAAAAAGACAGAAGCAAACCAGAGAGAAUGUACUGGACAAGAAGAUCUGAGUGGUGUUCAAAACGGCUUCACUGACAUGUCUCUCAUGCCGAUCUUUAACAAUGUGUAUAAAGGAGUGUACGCUGCGGCCCAUGCACUUCACAGGGUUCUCAGCUGCAAUAAAACAUGUGACACCAAAAGACGGCUGGAUCCAUACAUGGUGAGUUGAUUUAAAACUUUAUUAUUGCAAAGUCGAGAUAUUACAAUGUGCUUCAUGGGUGUGUAUCUCCUCAGAUUUUACAGCACAUACAAAAGAUCCAGUUCAAAACAAAGGAUGGAGAUGAAGUUUACUUUAAUGAGAAUGGGGAUCCACCGGCUAAGUAUGAAAUCAUAAACUGGCAGCCAAAAGAAAACGGUAAAGUGGAUUUUGUCACUGUUGGUCUGUACGAUGCAUCUUUACCUGAGGACAAACAGCUGAUUCUGCACAAUAAAUCUUUAAUAUGGGCACAGAAAUCACAAAAGGUAACCUCUAAUAGUCCCCUAUUGCUUAAUCAUUUGGUUUUAAUGCAUAAAAACCUCCUUCAUGCUCAUACAUCUCAUCUUUCUCAUGUGUUAAAACAGGUACCUGCUUCAGUUUGCAGCGAGAAAUGUCCCCCAGGAACCCGUAAGGUUCUCCAGAAAGGCAAACCUGUCUGCUGCUAUGACUGCUUGAGAUGUGCAGAGGGGGAGAUAAGCAAUAUUGAAGGUGUUGUAGAUCUUAAUAAAGUCAUCUUGACUGGAGGAAUUUCAAGGUUUGAGUAUCAGACUUCAAAUGCAUGUGAUGAGUGUUUGCAGAAGUUUUAGAGAUAAGUACUUGGAGAAAAAAAUCAAGUAUCCUACAAAAUGACACAAUUGGGAAAUCUCAGAAAUGUGCUCUGAAGUUAAACCACCAUUGUAUAAAACCUGUGUAACUUAAAAAUACUCAAAUUAAACCAAUUCUGGUGUGUGAAUAGAAAUGAGAAGAAUAUUUCAAUAGAAAAAAGCAGUCUUGUACGGAACCUGGGAGGUGACAUUAACUUUUUUUUUUUUAAGUAUGCACGUACGUUUUAGUAUCUUGCAUGUGCAUUUUAGUAUAUCGCACGUGCGAUUUAGCUGUUUGUUAAUAAACAAAAUCACUUCCUAUGAGUCACACCUAAAUGAAAGAAAAUGUUGAUAAUAUGCUCUCUGUCCAUGACACUGUCCUUCUUCUCUAACAAAUGAGGCACGCAGAGGAUUAUUUACAAAAACGCAUGUGCAAGAUACAAAUAAAACUUUAAUCUUGAAUAAAAAAAAAAAAAACGUUCAUGUCACCUUCCAGGCUCUGUAGUAUUGCUUUAAAUUCACAUCUUUUAUUUCACAUAUUGCUCUAAAUUGGAUCCCAAAGACAUCAAAACGAAUAUAUAUUUUUUAUGAUGGGCUGACAGUGAGCAUUAUAGACAAUAACAUUAGGGAUUUAUAGGUCACACUAUUUGCCAUGAAGACUUAAAACUGCAUUGUUUGUGUUUUUCAGAUUCUAUCACCUGUGAGCAGUGCGCCCCUGAAUUCUGGUCAAAUGAGAGACGAGAUGCUUGUGUGAAGAAGGAGGCAGAGUUUCUAGCAUAUGGGGAGAUUUUGGGAGCACUACUCACUUCAGCUGCUCUAUUAGGAACAUGCAUGACAGCUGCUGUGGCCUUCAUUUUCUUCAGGCACAGACAGACUCCCCUCGUGAGGGCCAACAACUCUGAGCUAAGCUUCUUACUGCUCUUCUCUUUGACUCUGUGCUUCCUGUGUUCGUUGACCUUCAUCGGCCGGCCCUCUGAGUGGUCCUGCAUGCUCAGACACACAGCAUUCGGCAUCACUUUUGUCCUCUGUAUCUCAUGUGUUCUUGGGAAAACAAUAGUUGUGUUAAUGGCGUUCAGGGCGACACUUCCAGGCAGUAAUGUGAUGAAGUGGUUUGGGCCUGUGCAGCAGAAACUCAGUGUUCUGGGUUUCACUCUUGUUCAAAUUUUCAUCUGUAUACUUUGGUUAACAAUUUCUCCUCCUUUUCCUUUUAAGAAUUUUAAAGAUUUCAAGGAGAAAAUCAUAUUAGAGUGUGCUUUAGGAUCAAAUGUAGGCUUUUGGGCUGUCCUUGGGUAUAUUGGGCUUUUGGCUCUGUUAUGUUUUGUUCUUGCUUUUCUAGCUCGAAAACUCCCUGAUAACUUUAAUGAGGCCAAAUUCAUCACCUUUAGUAUGCUGAUAUUCUGUGCUGUAUGGAUUACUUUUAUCCCAGCUUAUGUCAGCUCCCCUGGGAAAUUUAGUGUUGCUGUGGAGAUAUUUGCAAUUUUGGCCUCAAGUUUUGGUUUGCUCGUUUGCAUUUUCAUUCCUAAGUGUUAUAUAAUUUUGCUUAAACCAGAAAAGAAUACUAAAAAGAGCAUGAUGGGAAAGGGGGCACAAAAAUCCUACUAAAACAUUAACUGAAAAAAAAAAAACAGAGGCCAUUCUCCAAAUUAAAUGUCACCAAAAAAGUGACAUUGAAGGUCGACCAGUCAUGCAAACCCAAUAUUGAAUUGGGAACAGCGCGAAGACGGCAUAUCAAAUGUUUAAGAACAUUUUUAUGGUUUUAUUCUCUCAUUUUACAUUUAAUGCAAACACACAGGAACAAUAAAACACAGUAAAAGCACCUCAGUGUAAAAGUGCAAAGAUUGUGGAGGAAUCAAUCACCUACAGAACAUAAUAUCAUUAAGUGAAAACAGACAUGCUGCUGUAGUGGAAAUCCCAGCAUGGACUCAUAAUCACAAGCAAAGCCCUCUGCCUGUGAUGAAGUUCAUUGCUGUAUUUACAAAUGCAAGUUACCAAUUGUAGCAUCCAAAGAGGACUCCACAAAGAAACAUGAUUCAGAAACACAGGUACCGUCAAAGGGCCCUAACCCAUCUAAGACUGACUGUGUCAGUGUGGAUAGUGGUCCUGUUGGGUUCACUGCCAGCCUCAAUUCUUUAACUUCACAGUCCCAGCUUGUUAGCCAACGACAACAUUUGGCGCAUUGUGAAAAGAUAAAUAGGACUCCAUAAAUCCAAGACUAUUGAAUAGCUGAAUAUAUCUGAUUAUUUAAUUCCCCCUCUGGGUGGAAUAGUUCUUUUUAUCCUAUCUUAAAUUAUGUCAAUAAAGUCAAAAUUUCAACAUAAAAAAUUGAAAUUUCGAGAUUAAAGUCGAAAUUGUAAGAUUACAAAAUGUUGCGAAUAAUGUCGAAAUUUCAAGAUCAAAAAAAAAAAAAAUUUGCGAUCAAAGUCGAAAUUUCAAGAUUGAAGUCGACAUGAAUAAAGUCCAAAUUUUGACUUUUUUAAAAUUAUGACUUCAAUCUCAAAAUUUUGACUUUAAUCUCAAAAUGGAAAUUAAAAAAAUCUUCCUCCUGUAAUUAUUUUUUUUCUCUUCUUGUGGCCCUAAUCCUCUUUCGUAUGAUCCAGUGUGAUACGAUUCAUAUCAACUACAAGCAAAUGUUUCACUCUAACCAAAUCACUUUAUCUACACCAAUGACUAAUUUUUUGUUGUCGAAGAAUAAAUCCAGUUUCUUGAACUAACACUCCUUUGGCUCAACUUGUUUGGUUUCCUGUAGUCUCCUGUGGCUUGACAUCAACCACGACAACUUCCCCCCUUGUUGUUGAAGGUGUAUAAAGCCCUGUCGUGAGCUGCGGGGCUGAUUGGCCCGGCCUUGAGCGCAGAGCAGAGCUAUGCCAUUGUUAAGGCUAAUCCUCCUGGCUCUGCUGAUGGGAGAGGGAGACUCUGUUUGUCGACGGCAAGGCUUGGCUCAACCGCCUGAACUGGCCCAAGAUGGUGACCUUUUUAUCGGGGGCAUUUUUUCAUUUCGCACAGGGCAGGAUUAUGUAGUUAACUCAUUUCAGACAGUGCCAAGUUUAAGGAAAUGCAAGAAGUAUGUACUGUUGUCUCUAGAUAUUUGUGAUUUUGUGAUGUGUUUGUGACACUAACAUUUAUUCUGUCCUGUCUCACCACCCUAUAGCUUUAACUUUAGAGAAUUCAAAUUUGCUCAAACUGUGAUAUUUGCUAUAAAUGAGAUCAACAAUAAUCCCGACAUGCUUCCUGGUGUCAAACUUGGCUACAAGAUCUAUGGUAACUGUGGGACCAUGGACAUACUGAGAGCUGCACUGGCACUGAUGAGCGGAGUAAAGAGGGAACUGAGUGACAACUGCACUAAGAGUGACACAGUGCAAGCUAUCUUGGGACAUUCAGGAUCGAGACCUACUAUUGCAUUCGCACCCGUUGUGGGAAAGUUUCAUAUACCUGUGGUAAGUAGGUAACGGUUAAAGCGUUAUUUCAUGAUGUUUUAAGUGAGCUGUUGAAAAUGUCUACGUUUUUAUUAGAUCUGACAAACAUUAUUUCUUGCAUGGGUUCGUAUUUCGGUUCUGCAGAGAUGUUAAGAUGUUUCUACAUGUUUGCAUUUUCGCUGCAGAUAAGCCAUUUUGCCACCUGUGCCUGUUUGAGCAACCGGAAAGAGUAUCCCACUUUCUACAGAACCAUUCCCAGUGACUUCUACCAAAGCAGAGCCCUCGCAAAGCUGGUCAAACACUUUGGUUGGACUUGGAUUGGUGCUGUAGCUGUGAACAAUGAAUAUGGCUUUAACGGUAUAAAUGCGUUCAUCCAAGCUGCAGAAGAGCUCGGCGUGUGCAUCGAGUAUUCUGAAGCUUUUUCAUCGUCAGAUCCUCCUGAAAGACUGCAGAAACUUGUGCAGAUCAUUAAAAAUGCAACUUCAAAAGUGAUUAUGGCUUUUAUGUCUCACAGAGAAGUUAAGUUGCUUGCAAAAGAGUUAUACAGACAGAACAUAACAGGCCUGCAGUGGGUCGGCAGUGACGCCUGGGUCACAGAUCACUCUCUGACUGACAGCGAGGGACACGGCAUUCUGCUGGGCUCGCUGGGCUUCACAGUCAGCAGAGCUAAUAUCCCCGGGCUGGAGGAGCACCUGAGGCAGCUCCACCCCUCUCAGUUUCCUGACAGUCAGUUUGUCAGAGAUUUCUGGGAGGAUGUGUUCGACUGUGCUCUGAAUGGAAGUGAAAACACACAGAAAAAGCCGUGCACAGGCUCGGAGAACUUGCAAAAUGUUGACUCGCAGUUCACUGAUGUGUCUGAGCUGAGAUUUACCAAUAACGUGUACAAGUCUGUUUAUGCAGUGGCUCAUGCGCUUGACAACCUGAUCAAAUGUGAAGAGGGAAAAGGGCUUUUUCCAAACGGUACAUGUGCUGAUAGUAAAAACAUUCAACCAUGGCAGGUGAGGAUGAACCUGCUAAGUGUGAUAAAAGCAUGAAUCCCUACAGUUUAACACUUUAUGAUUUCUCUGCUAGGUGUUGCGCUAUUUGGACUCUGUAAAUUUCACCACCCAGGAAGGGGAAAGAGUUUAUUUUGACACUAACGGAGACUCACCGGCGAGAUAUGAACUUGUGAAUCUACAAAUCACAAACAGAGGGACGAUGGAGGGAGUAACAGUUGGCAUCUAUGACGCUUCGCUUCCAGAGAGUCAUCAGUUUAUCACUAAUAACAUCCCAGUUGUGUGGGGAAAUGGGCUGACCAAGGUGAAGCAAGGUCCACUUCACUGAUCAGUAGCGUUUUAAAAGCCUUCAUUAGUGUUUCGAUUCUUUAUUGCAACUCUACAUGCUGCACAGACUGCAUGCAAAUGAUAGUAAGAGAGUGUGUCUAUGUGUGCAGGAGGUGCCUGUGUCAGUCUGCAGUGUGAACUGUCUCCCUGGAACUCAUAAGGUCCUCCAGAAAGGCAGGCCAGUCUGCUGCUAUGACUGUAUACCGUGUCCAUCAGGAGAGAUCACUAAUAUAACAGGUAAAUUAAGAAUAAACAACAGUUUCAUUCGCUGUUUGGAAUGCAAAAAAUCACAACAUGUACAAAGACGAAGAAGAAAAUCUCACACAGAAACAGAAAAGUGGCUUUAUAAGGGUCUUAAAACCACACCGUUGAUUUAACUCUACGUUUCUCUGCUUUUGUAGAUUCAAUAAUCUGUAUGAAAUGUCCUCCAGCAUACUGGUCCAACAAGCAGAGAGAUGCAUGUGUACCCAAACUUGUCGAAUUCCUGGCCUACGAUGAAAUCCUGGGAACAUUGUUGGUUUUGUUUUCUCUGCUGGGAGUUUUCUUGACUAUGAUCGUGACACUUGUUUUCUACUGCCACAAAGAAACCCCGCUAGUGCGAGCCAACAACUCUGAGCUGAGCUUCAUGCUGCUCUUCUCUUUGACUCUCUGCUUCCUGUGUUCGCUGACCUUCAUCGGCCGGCCCUCUGAGUGGUCCUGCAUGCUGAGACACACAGCAUUCGGCAUCACUUUUGUCCUCUGUAUCUCAUGUGUUCUGGGGAAAACAAUAGUCGUGUUAAUGGCGUUCAGGGCGACACUUCCAGGCAGUAAUGUGAUGAAAUGGUUUGGGCCCACACAGCAGAGACUCAGUGUUUUAGGUUUCACCCUCGUUCAGGUUUUAAUUUGCAUACUGUGGUUGACGAUAAACCCUCCAUUUCCCUUUAAAAAUAUGAAAUACUACAAAGAAAAGAUAAUACUGGAGUGUAAUCUCGGCUCUGCGAUUGGAUUCUGGGCUGUGUUAGGAUAUAUCGGACUCUUAGCACUCUUGUGUUUCCUUCUGGCUUUUCUGGCUCGAAAGCUUCCUGAUAAUUUCAACGAGGCUAAAUUCAUCACUUUCAGCAUGUUGAUAUUCUGCGCCGUCUGGAUCACAUUCAUCCCAGCUUAUGUCAGCUCACCUGGGAAGUUCACUGUAGCUGUGGAGAUAUUUGCCAUCCUGGCCUCCAGUUAUGGACUGCUCUUCUGCAUUUUUCUGCCCAAAUGUUUCAUCAUUUUGUUCAGACCUGAGCAGAACACCAAGAAACACAUCAUGGGCAAAACAUCACAUUGUGAUAUACAAUAUUAA